AUGUCUCGUGUCGCCCCCGGCAUACACGUCGUUCGGGCGGCCAACGCACCGGUCGCUCGCGACAGGAGCGAUGACUAUGGACGGGCCGACGCUGUGGCGGGGCUCUCGUAUCUCGUGCUGUCGCUGGCGUGUGGCGUGUGGUACCUCGUGCUCUUGGCGCCGUACUUUGCCAACGACCUUUGGUGGGCGGCCUUUGACGCUCCGGUUCACCAAGCGUACCUCGUUGACGUCGCCAACACGCUGUUGGCAACGACGCAUGGCAGCAGCGCGUUGGAUCUUCAAGCGCCGCGCGCCAUGGUACACAAGGUUUAUGCAGGUGAUGCGUCGACCGACGUCUGGCCCUCGUACGCCCGCCACGUGCUCCUGAACGAGCUCACGUCGAUCGAGUACGCUGUGCCGCAGCUGCGGCAGCUGAGUGCGAGCUGGUCCAUGCGCAUCGCGGUGCAGCACUGCUGGGUCGACUUUGAGCAAAAGUUUCAAGUUGCCCAUACGACAAGGCGGCAGCAGCGCUGUGCGACGCACUUUAGUUCGGAUGGAGGCGUCUACUUCGAGUCGAUCCUGCGCAACACUCGUUGGACCGAGUUUCUCGGCGUUUGGGGCGGCGAGAACGGACCGUUCACGCUAGCGAUCCAGCGGCCGCUGUUAGAGUCGGCGCGCGGCCGGUCGUUCCUUGACAGCGUCCAAGUCGCCCGGGAGAGCAAGAGCGUGGACGAUGAAAUCGCCUACUGGCGCCAAUUUGGCCUCGACCGCUUCCAGGUGCAGUGGCAAAACCACGGUCAACCCGGCGUCGCCGAGUCGGUCGUCUUGACAAACGCGCUUCAGAUGCAACAAGUGGUGUCGAUCAAGAAUGUACCCCGGGCCACGGGGCCGUGGACGUCGUCAUGCCUCUUUUGGCUUCCACUGAACGACCUCUGGACGGGCCAGAGCUUAAACCGGAGCAUGGUCCGGGGCACAGCGACGUACUUUGGCACCUCGCUCAGUUCUGCGCAGCCAGCGGUUGACCUCGAGGUGGUAAGUGGCUACGGGGACAGUCGUGGUCACUUCGAGAACCAAUCAGCGCUCUUUCGCAGUCAUAUCGGACCAUUCCUGAGCGUCGACAGCUUCUACGUCCCAGUACCACGAGCUCUCCAAGAUGCCUACGACGCUUUUCAAUCGGCACUGUACCGCCAGCUUCUCUCGACACCUGGCGCCUUGGCGCGCUCAACGGCGCUCGAGACGACCUCUGUGGGGCUUCGACCGCCGCAGUUUGCCAACACCUCCAUGUACUAUGGAGGGAGUCCCUUGUGCUUUAACAACGCGGGCACGUCCUUUCCGCAGGAAGCCUUUGAUUUUGUCGACGACUGCUCGUCAUCGAUAGAGAUGACGGCGUCGUGGUCACCCGAUGGCGCAUUUUUUGCGCUUGCCAUGGCGACGCCCGCAUCGAUUGCGGGCGCCUGCGCUGCGGCAGUGCCUUCCGGCCUCUGCAGCGCACGUCUGCAAGCCGCGUUGAGCCUGCUUCAAGAGCUUUCGGUGUCUUCCGACGAUCUCCGUGCCAAGGCGAACGCAGUGGCGCAAGCUCUUAACGUGAGUCUGAUGCAAUAUGUUGCGCGCGUGGACGGCUCGUGGACGCUGGCGUCCCAGCCGCUACAUGACCCAUCGUUUGCCUACUUUGGGUGGCUUCUCCUGAGCGAGUGGGCUAUGGGUGUCCGCGAAGUCGUCUCCUUUCAAGGCGACGUGGGGACCCUAACCCUGGUAUCCAGUGCUAGCACCGCGCAAGCCAUGCCGACGGGAACGCAGCCACUCGAGACCGCAACCAAGGGCGUCUUCUACCUCGUUGUAGCUACGUCGGUCGGGCUCGGUGCUAUCGGGCUUCUUACCAUCGCCUACGUGCUCGUCGGGCGGCUCCAUUUUCAGGGCCGACACCUUUUUUCGUUCAACCGCAUCGUUGGCGCCGUGUGGGUUGGUCGCCCGCUCUUGUUCUUGCGCGGCGUCACGGCCAUCUUGCUACUGAGCUCGGCGAGCGUCGACUUGCUGGAAGCCCAUGGCUACACCCGGUUGGUGACGAAGGCGCGUCCGCUGGUCCAGACGCUCGUCAUCGCUGGCGAGGCCACGUGGUUGAGCUACGUUCUUCAUGAAUUGCUCUCGAUCGUCGUGCCGCCUCAUGUCACGAAAGGCUACAGUCCGAUUGCUACGUUUAUAACUUGGUUCGCGAUUCUGCUGCUCGAUGUCGCCAGUCCCGUUGGUGUCUCGAUGACGCUUGACCGUCACUGCGUUGGAACUGAUAUCAACUAUGCUGUCCGCUGCACCAGCGGCGUCAUUGCCAACGGCAACUUGAUGCGCGUCGGGACGCUUCUCGCACUCGUACUGUGUACUUCGGUUGGCAGCCUCCUCGUUCACUGGUGGCGCACGCCGACGAGCCAACACGAUGACUGUGCGUCGCUGCUUCUCCCAGGGAUCGCCAACACCUUCUUGUCGACAAGGACGAGUCACGAUGAGACAUUGGUGGACGACGUGGCGUGUGUCUUGAGCGGACUUCUUCCGCUGCACCUCGCACGUGCCGUUCUGUGGCGUCGCUCUGCCUCGUCGCCGACGAUCGACCUCUUUGACUACAAGCUCUGGGUGCGAGUUCCCGUCCUGCGCUCGGUGUCGCUUGUCAACGCCAAGGUGCUCUGUCGACCAACGCUGACGCUACCGUCUUCGCCGGUCGCCAUCAACGUCGGACCGUCGGUGCCGGUUAGUGUCAGUCCAGACCAGCGCCGGCUCAUUCGCCGAGCAUCAGCAAGCCUACUCGCUCUCACAAAGCAUGUGCGGCUGCUACAUCUGUGGCGCAUUCUCGGGUUCGUGUACAUGCUAAUGGCCAUCGCCAGCAGCGUCUCGUACCUCGAGGUGUCCCAGAUCAACUUGGGAAACGACCUCUUCUGGGCGACCUUCAACACGACGGGCGCCCACGUUUUCAUUGCGAAUUGGCUCCACGAGCAGCUGCUGCUGGGCAAAACGUCACUGAUCAAGGUAGCACUCGACGGACCCAGCGUCAGCGCCAUGGCGUCCUACCUCCAACGCGAUGUGCUGAGUCGACUUCCUGCCGCCAUCCAAGGACUGCGCGUCUCGGACCCGUGCGCGGCGCCGUGGAUCUUUACCCCGUACUGCUACGUCGACUUGAACCAAACCGCGCUGCUCGACAAUGGCGCGCUCUUCCUCGAGACCGUAUUGCGCAAUGUCGAGUUUGCUGCCUUUUCCUCGUGCUGGGGCGUCGCGUUUGAGAUCGCAGUUGCUUCAGAGCUCAAGCGCUCGGUCGCAGGCCGAGCGUGGCUCACGACGCUCGCGUCCCAAGCGCGGCCAUCGAUCGCGGACGAAGCGCAUCACUGGUCCCAAUUCGGCAUUCGCCACUUUACAGUGCAGUGGCAAAACUACAAGCGCAUCGGCCUCAACAAUAUGUAUGCCAUCACCAACGCCUACGGCGUCUCAUACCCGCUGACGCUACAGGCACAGAGUGGCGUUUACCGCCUGAGCUCGCAGACGUCGUUCAAAAUGUACUGGUCGCUCGCCAACGACUUUGUCGCGGUCGCGUCCAACACGACGCUUGUCGGUGGGCUCAGUUUGCUUCGGUCCAGCGCCCGCUUUGCCUUUGCCAACACGACGCCGGCGGCGAUGUUGCAGCAGAAUGGGACGCUCUUGUCCCCGAUCUCGGCCGGCUUUGCGCUCGUCACGCACAUUCUCGGUCCCUUCGGCUCGAUCGACAUGGUUUACGUCCCAGUACCUCGGCGCCUGCGCGAAAUUGUCGGUGCGCUCGUCGACCGCACGCGUGUUUCGUUGGCAAAUGAUUUGGACGCCCAAGCCGCCUACCGCCGCAUCACACCUCUCGACGCCUCGUUUCCCGUGCCAACGGCGUGGCGCGUCGAGAACGUGUUCACGCUCGGUGGGUCGCCGCUCUGUCCCGAGAUCAACAUUGCGUACCGCGUCUCGCAAGGCCUCUUUGGUCUCCCGUCGUCCACGGCGAUUUGCCAUGCGGCCAUGGGCGUCGCAGGUCCCAUCACGCCGACGCGGCAGCAGCUGAUUGUUGCGGCACUCUUGGCGUCGUCGCCCGUUGAUACAAGUGCUGCCUGCCAAGGGGACAUCAACUUUGUAUCGCAGUGCGAAGCGUACCUCGGUCAAGUGACUUCGUACAUUGACGCGUACGACCUGGCGGGGUCACCCACCGACACGGCGCUCGCUGCGGCCGAGGUCGCGCCCUUGCAGAUUGAGUUUUUUGCCUACACCAAAGUCAACGUCACGGACGACCUCUCGGUGCGCCGGACGCUCGUGCUCAACGCGACCGACCCGGACUUUACCUUCUUUGCGUGGAUGUACCUCUACGACUGGGUGCUAGGUCGACGGGACGUCGUCACGUUCGUUGGAGACGUUGGCUUCAUGACGCUACUCUUUGAUUUGGAGCCGCCGCUGUCGCAACCGCCGGAUGCGUCGCAAGUCACGGCCAACGUCGCCCAGUAUCUCCGCGCCGGCAUCGUGUACGUCACUUGCGUCGUGCUUGCGGUCGCGGCUGUCGCCUGCUUGUACAUUGUACGAAGUCAAUUCCAGUUUGAAGGACUGAACAUGCUCGAGCUCGGCCGCGUCGGAGCCGUCACGUGGGUUGGUCGGCCGCUACUUUUGCUGCGAUCGACGACGGCGCUCUGCGUCCUCUCGACGGCAACGCUCGAGCUGCGCUUCUCGGGCGUCCUCAGCGCCUUCUCCAAUGUGCCCACGCCGUGGUACGCGACGCUGCUCGCGGCCAACGAAGUCACGUGGCUUGUCGCCGUCGUCAACGACCUCUCGCUCGUGCUCACGCAAGCCUACACACCCUACUACGUCACGCCCAACGGCCUCCUCGUCUCGGCGCUCGUCGCGCUUCUCUCGUUUCUGCAGCCCGUGCGCGCCACCCUCGACAUGGACCUGCGCUGCGACAUCGUCGACUUGGACUUGGACGUAGCCUGCACCACGGGAAUCAUUACCAUCGGGCGCCUCGACCGCUUCGUGCUCUUGAUCAGCCUCGUGAUCGCCGUCAACGGGCUCUGCUACCUUGUCACAAGGCGGCUGGUGCAAACACCGACUGCCCCAGUUGCGUCACUCUUCCUCUCGGCCGGCGCGCGCUUUCUGUUUGCCCAGCCUAGGCAACACGACGGUAUCUACUUCCUGGACCCGGCAUCAGCCGCGCUCAACGGCAUCCUCACUUGGCACACACACGACCAGAUUCUCGCCCUCGACGUCAAGCUCUGGCGCACCUUUGUCAUCGCUGCACCACACCGCAGUCGGCCUGACGCGCUCGCCGCCGCGUGGCCACUCCUUGCGUGACGAGUACAACAUUGGCUCACUGCAGGGUGCUACACGACCAGCCACACCUUCGAUAUCCCAAG